AUGGAGUUGCUACCAACCUCCGACGACAAAGCCCAAGAUCAGGAGAGGCGGAACAAGCUAGCAGUACCAGACAUAACCGUAGCCGAUCUCCUGAGCAAAUUUAACGGCUCAUCUAAAAUCAUCAAGACAAGAUACCCGUCGCAGUUCCGCCGUGAAAACUACCAGAGGUCACGAUGCCAACCCCGCUGUACCGCCCCGUCCCGCCUCCGGACCGAGCUGCAUCCAGAAGACAUCGCCGAGCCAGCGGAACGGCGCGCGCCGUUCUCGACUUUCCGGUCGUUCUUCGUGCAGACAUACGGCUCGAGCGGGCCGGACGUGGGCAUCCGUAAAAGGACUGGAGCUGAGGAGCCUCUUAGCACGCCCGCCUCUGCAAAAACCCACGGGGCUUCUGCGCUCUCUAGUACCGCGCCUGUACACGACGGCCGGUACAAGAUUCAGACGGCGCAGCCGCACCAAUCCACCCGCCUUGUGACCGACAUUGAGGGCGGCGGAAUGCCGGCACCAAAACUUGAUACGGCUUUCAACUCGACCACGCUCUGCCGCCGCGCCGGAAGUACGCUAAACGCAGGCUGUCAUGAGACCGUCUCGCGUGCAGGGCGAAUCCGCACGUGA